AUGUGCUAGUUUCGCUCCCAGGCGUGAGGAGGCUAUUUUUAGAAACCGUUCUCUUCCAGAGCAGGAGUGGGAGAACUGUAAAGUGGUACAGAGGCAUAGGGAUAUAGGAGAAAGGCUGGAAAAUACAAACACUGCUGGCUCCAUCAAAUUCACGAAAAAGCAAUCUUCAAUAAUAUCUGUAUCAGCUGCAUCACAGGGUGGUAGCGGUGCUGGAUGCAAAUUCUACUUUGAACAUUAGAACUGAACUCGAAGAAACAACAUGGAUUUCGUCAUGAAACAGGCUUUAGGGGGGGCAACAAAGGAUAUGGGCAAGAUGUUAGGUGGCGAGGAGGAAAAAGAUCCCGAUGCCCAGAAGAAGGAGGAAGAAAGACAAGAAGCUCUACGCCAGCAAGAGGAGGAACGCAAAGCCAAGCAUGCCAGGAUGGAAGCAGAAAGAGAGAAAGUUCGACAGCAAAUACGAGAUAAGUACGGCCUGAAGAAGAAAGAAGAGAAGGAAGCAGAAGAAAAGGCUGCUAUGGAACAGCCUUGUGAGGGCAGCUUGACCCGCCCUAAAAAAGCCAUCCCAGCUGGUUGUGGGGAUGACGACGAUGAAGAGGAAGAAAGUAUUUUGGACACCGUACUCAAGUAUCUUCCAGGACCACUUCAGGACAUGUUCAAAAAGUAACCAAAAAACAUAUGAGACUUCUGCUCCAGCCAAACCCAUGUCCAAUUACAAAUAAACAGGAAAGCCAACGGAACCUAGACCAAGAGAAUUACACAAAAGCACACGUAUUAAUAACACAAAUAAGUAUAGACAACCAUUAGCACAAAUACAUGAUUGGCUACACAGACAAAGAACACCUACAUUCAUAAACGCAGGCACACUCACAAACACGGACACAAAACACAACCUCUGCUGAUUAUUUACAUUUUCCAAGAGAGAGAUCUUUAUGCUUCACAUUGUGUUGCACGGACCAAGCCUGUCACUGCCGCUCAAAAUGCUGAUUUAAACGGUGACAGAAUAAUCGAGUUCUAUGUAUUUCGGACCUAGAGGACAAAUGGUCAGUGUUGGAUAGGAUUACUAGCUGGAGGAGUGGAUGGAGUUCAUGUUUUUGCCCUAUGUUCAUUUGUUAAAAAAUAUUUGAAAAUGCAAUCCCUUGAGUCCUACGUAAACACAAUGGCUACUUUUGCCUUGUGGCUGCAAGCAAAAACAUGAGUUAAUAUGUUGGGUUUACAGAUCAUCCGUCUGCACUGAGUCAGCAGGAGUCACAUUGUGCGAUAUUUGGAAGACGUGGAGAAACCCUUGUGUAUUUGCAUCUGUUCUGUACUCUGUAUUUUGAGAUUUAUGUCACUUUUUUUCUAGCUCAGUUUCCUUAUAUUUCUUCAUUGCUAAUUGGACUUGCAGUGCACAGCUUCCUCUGCCCAGUCUUUCUUAAAUCUCUAUUUUAUCUUUUUUCUUAAAAAGACACGGGGUCAAUAUGCCUUCUUACACACAAUUAAACAUCUAACGGUGUAAUGCGGAAGCUGCAUGCAAACUGCUUUCCUCUUAGCAGUGGUCCUGCACAAAGGGAAAAUAAGGAAAGCUGACCCCCAAGUGGACUCUAACAUGGACCAACAGACUACUCUUUUAGACGUCGACUGUAAUGCUGAUUGCAUGCUUAGGAAAAAUAUGAGCGUUUGAUGCAUUUUUUUAAAAACAAACUACAAACACUGUGUGUCUUAGUUCUGUGUAGAUCACCCAUGUUAAUGUUUACAU